GGGCCAUAGGCUCGCUCCAAACCCACCUCCUCGUAGGAAUGACCACAAUCCUCUGGGCUACCAGACGUCUGGACCGCCAUGACGUGAGUCAGACCUCAUGCUCGGAAGGCAUGCUGCAACAAGUCCGCUGCAGCCAUGUAACCAUAUAAAUCAUCAUAACACGCUUCAUAACAAGGUCCAUACACCCUACAGCCACUCUCUCUGAAGGACCACUGAGGAGUCCUACGUGCAGACACCGGGACAACCAAGUACUCAGCCAUGGCCCUUCAGGGAGUGAUUCUCUAUCUAUUAGUCCUGUUUCCAGCUGCCCUCCUCAUCGAAGACUCGGCAAACAGCCAUCCUGAUGGCCCGCCCAUAACUUGUGGACGACUUGGCAGUGAGAAACUGUUGCGCAAGAAAUCCAGCAACAGUAUCUGCUGUGGAGACGAACAGUACAGCCCUGACACCCACUGCUGCUGCUGGGACGGGGCGCUCCGUACCGAAGCCCGGGGCUGCUCCCACUGCUGUGAACAAGACAAGAACCAAGCUCCCCUAGCCUGCUGUGGCCACCGGCCCUUCGACCCCAGCUUCGCCGUCUGCUGUGGACUGAAGAUCCUGGCCCACCCGCUCCGAUGCUGUGGAGGAGGGGCCUACAACAACAACACCCAGCUGUGCUGUGGAUCCCUGGGCAGAGAGAAGAUCCUCUCCAAGAUACACGAGGAGAACAUUUGCUGUGGAGACGGCCAGUACAGCAAUGGGACCCACGAGUGCUUGGGAGACCCUCCUAGAGUCAAGGAGCGCUCAGUGUCCCCUGGGACGCGCUCAGACCGGGCGUCCAUCCCCAGGCCAGCAGAGUACCGAGGGAUUGAGACCUCCUUCCAGUGCUGUGGUCAGGGGGCCUACAACAACACCACCCAGCUGUGCUGUGGACCCCUGGGCAGAGAGAAGAUCCUCUCCAAGAUACACGAGGAGAACAUUUGCUGUGGAGACGGCCAGUACAGCAAUGGGACCCACGAGUGCUUGGGAGACCCUCCUAGAGUCAAGGAGCGCUCAGUGUCCCCUGGGACGCGCUCAGACCGGGCGUCCAUCCCCAGGCCAGCAGAGUACCGAGGGAUUGAGACCUCCUUCCAGUGCUGUGGUCAGGGGGCCUACAACAACACCACCCAGCUGUGCUGUGGACCCCUGGGCAGAGAGAAGAUCCUCUCCAAGAACCACGAGGAGAACAUUUGCUGUGGAGACGGCCAGUACAGCAAUGGGACCCACGAGUGCUUGGGAGACCCUCCUAGAGUCAAGGAGCGCUCAGUGUCCCCUGGGACGCGCUCAGACCGGGCGUCCAUCCCCAGGCCAGCAGACUCCUCAGCUCUUCCGGUAUCCUCAAUCAUGGCAGAACAACUCGCCCCAUCCACUGUAAAUCUACCCGUCGCUGAGCCUGGGGGCCGGCCUCGGGUUAGGGUUAGCGGACCUGCGGACCCCCCUGACAGCAGGGGGACGGGCCCUGCUCCGUCCUCCCCCAGUCACUGGACUAGGCUGAGGGGGAUGCUGUUCAGGUCAGGCCGCAGCUGACCUUUGAGCCGCGACAGGUUCUUUUCCCACACGGUGUGGGAAUUGACUCAAUGAAUCAAUUAUUGGAAGGGACCAACUAAUGUCGUCUGGACUAAGCUAGACCAAACUGGACUUGGGUUACGUUAAUGUAACCCAAGUCCAGUUUGCAAAAACCUAUCUGAUACUGUAGAGAAACCUUGAAGUUGAGUAAAUAGUUAUCCAUGUACUGUUGUUUUAAAUAAGUCAUUUUUUUUAAACAAUGAAGGUGAAUCACAAUCUACCUGUUCUCCCAUAAAGACUCGAUCGCGGAUAAGUAUGAACAGGAUUUAUUUAAAUAACGACAUGGGAAUAUUUUGCAUGGUAAAUCUUUGGCAUGAGCCGCGUCACUGAUCCAGGAUGACGUGCGGACUCGGCGUAUCCUGCCAGGACUAGCAGGGGC